GGGCUUGGCCAAUGUGAUAAGUUCCUGUAUGUGAACGACGACUUCAUCAAGGCCGGUACCUUACUUGCGAUAGGAAUAAUUUCGUCUGGUAUCCAAGAUGCUUGCGACCCUGCUUCAGCUCUUCUGAUUGACCAUAUUCAUUCUGAGAGGGCCGUCAUCCGCGUCGGUUCCGUGCUUGGAUUGGGACUAGCUUAUGCCAACUCCAAACGUGAAACUGUUAUUAAAAACGAAGAAGGUGGAGUGAUAUUCGAGCUAAAAAAGGUGCUUACGGAUUCAAAGCCAUCAGCAACUAGUGAAGUGAAGGGCCUCACUGGUUUGGCUCUCGGUUUAAUUAUGGUUGGAACAGCAGAUCAUACUGUAGCCAUGGAAAUGCUUCAAACGCUGAUGGAGCGCAAUGAAACCGAGCUUAGCGAUCCGAACAUGCGCUUUUUGGCCCUCGGAAUUGCUUUAAUUUUCUUAGGUACUCAGGAAAAGAGCGAAGUGUUUGUGGAGUCUCUGAGGUCGUUACCCGAACCUUUCGGUCCCAUGGUUUCCACUUUGGUUGAUGUGUGCGCUUAUGCGGGAACUGGUAACGUAUUGAAAAUACAGAAAUUGUUACACAUGUGCUCGGAACACUACGAAACAGAAGACAAAAAGAAAAAGAAAGAUGAUAAGUCAAAGAAGGAUGCUGCGAAAACAGAGAAGGACAAGGAUGCAAAGCCCGAUUUAUCGUCUCAACAGGCCGUUGCUGUUAUUGGAAUUGGGCUUAUUGCGAUGGGUGAAGAAGUUGGAUCUCAGAUGGCUCUAAGAAUGUUCGGACAUCUUAUUCGGUACGGUGAGCCAGUAAUACGAAGAGCCGUUCCGUUGGCAUUGGCUCUGAUCUCAGUUUCAAAUCCACAACUGAAACAUUCUGGAAACCUUGAGCAAGUCGGUGCUGGAACGAAUAAUGCUCGUCUAGUUGCCAUGCUUCGGUCGUUGGCCAGCUAUCAUCAUAAAGAUCAGAUUUCGUUGAUGUUAGUGCGGCUUUCACAAGGAUUGACACAUUUGGGCAAAGGUACGAUGACAUUAAAUCCAUGGCACUCUGAUCGACAGUUGCUAUGCCCGAGCGCCAUCGCAGCCCUUCUUACCAUUUGUUUCGCAUUCCUGGAUGCCAACAACUCUGUGUUGAAUAACCGACAACAUUACUUGCUUU